AUGAUACAACAAUGGUUUAACAAUAUGACAAAUAAAGUUAAAUCAACAAAAAUAUUAUCGACGAAAACUUCAGCGAAACACUCAAUGGAAGAGGUGGCAGUGAUAAUCGAAGACUAUGACGUAAGCGUACAAAACGCAUAUAAACUCCCAGAACCGCCACCUAAUCGACAUAUAAGAGCAGCUAAAAAUUUAGCAGCAAAGAUCUGGUGGACACUCGCAAUAUUGACUUCGGCUUUUAUGAUCCCUGGAUCAACGAUAUUAUUAGCACAUCAUCAUAAAAUUAUUCCAGUUGUUUCAGAAGUCUUCAUUUCAAUAUAUCUCACAUUUGACCUUGGUCUACGAGCGGCUUUUGGAUUUGCUGCUGUCACCCAAAAUGACGAAAGUUUGUUCUGGAAAAUUGUAAUUUGCCUACUACUAAUUACCGGCAAAGAGGAUUUAGGUCAUUUGCAUGAUCAAUUAUUCGCAACCGUAUCAAGCGACAUAUUGGACAUUUUAACAGUAGUUAAUUCUGGUCUCUCAGUACCAUUUUAUAUAUGGAUAAUAAGAGAUCCCGUGUGUGCGGCAAGUUCUGAAUGCCAGAUUUUGGCAUUUACGCUUUUGGCAGCUGCAUGUUUCUUGGUGAUAAAGUGUCUGAUACUUUUAAUUUUUUUCAAGUUUGAAGCUUUUGAUAUCUGA